AUGAGUGUUGAAGUUACAGGAUUUGAGAGACUCAAAGAGAAGUAUGAAUCUUGCUCAGAAUUUGGAGAAAUAUUCUUGACAUUGAAGGAUGAGAAUCACCAUGUUAUAAAUGGUUAUCACCUCCAAGAAGGAUAUUUAUUUUGGGAUAAUAAGUUUUGUAUCCCGAAAACAUCCAUGCGUGAAUUUUUGAUAUGGGAGAUUCAUGUUGGAGGUCUUUCAGGAUAUUUUGGAAGGAAUAAAACCAUCAAAGAGGUGGAACAUGUAAGUAUGGAUUUUGUGCUUGGGCUUCCACGUACUGCAAAGAAACAUGAUUCCUUUUUUGUGGUUGUCGACCGCUUCUCUAAGAGAGUCCAUUUUAUUCCUUGUACUAAGACCACAGAUGCUUCCAGAGUUGCGAAACUCUAUUUUGACAAGAUUGUCAAGCUAUAUGGUCUUCCUCAUACCAUAGUUUCGGAUAGGGAUGUUAGAUUUACAAGUUAUUUCUGGAAAACCCUUUGGUAUAUGGUGGGAACCAAAUUGAAGUUUUCUACCGCUUACCACCCCCAAACUGAUGGUCAAACUGAGGUGGUUAACAAGAGUUUAGGCAACCUUUUAAGGUGUCUAGUGAGUGAUCAUAAUAGGAAUGGGGAUUUGAUUCUUCCUAUGGCCCAGUUUGCUUGGCCUUUCAAAGUGCUACAACGGGUUGGUCCAAAUGCUUAUGUUCUUGAUUUACCACAUGAUUUUGGCAUUAGCUCUACAUUUAACAUUGAGGAUCUAGUUGCAUACCAUAAGCCACUUCCUAUUCCAAAUGAUCCCUUUGAGAUACCACUUAACUCCCCUUCUGAUGCUCUUAUUGAAACCUCUAUCUCUUUCACCUUGACAUCAGCACAAAAGGAUAAUAUUGAUGCUAUUCUGGAUGAACAAGUUGUUUUUAACAGGAAUGGUGAGGUUCAACAGUUUCUAGUUCGCUGGGUGAGCCGACCUGAUUCAGAUUGCACUUGGAUCACUAGAGAUACUUUGCAGCAGAUUGAUACAGAUCUUUAA